UUGUCGCUGUCGGGGCUGUGAGUCCGUCCCAGGAAGAACUGGCAUGCGACCAUGAAACAUGGGCAACAUUCACGAAGCAACUGUCGGAAAGCAUCUGUCCGCCGUGGCUCGAGUGGGAGAUUGAGCACUGCAGCGAUACGACCGGCUUCCAUCGCCUGCUCGCCGUUCGGCUGAUGGGAUGAGCUUCACAUUUGCUCGUCUACCCCGCGGAUGGCAUUCAGUCCGAGCCGGCUUGUCUGUGGCAUGGGCCUGGCUGAAGUUUUGGAAUCUGCAAUCUAGCUCCCAUAAUCGACACAAUGGCCGGGGCCGUCGUGAUGAAUGACCUACGAGUCGAUGUAUUUGCCACAUUGGAGACACGGCUGGAUUGCAUAUCAGGGCAUCUCAAUAUUGGAUUGUUCCGGCAACACAAGCUCCCCAUGCGCAUCACAGAUGCCAUAGAUCGAUGCUCGUUGAAUGUCGAACGACUCCCAGCUUUGCUCGAGAAAGCUCCCCAGAUCCGGCAGCGCGAGCAGGAGAGGCAGGCGGGGCCCAGAUGCAUCGCCGCCAGAAAGCAGUGCGUUGAGUUCCAGGAUGGAAGAGUGCAGCGGGCGGAUGGCCGAGUCAUCCGCAGCAGCGUCAUGGAGCAGCCCCGAUGGAUUGCCGGGGUACUCCUCGAUCUGCUGCAGCUUCUCCACAAGAUGGGUGAUGAGAUUGCGGGCAAGGUCGUUCCGGAGAGCCAGGCGGUGGUUAUAGGUCUCGAGCUCGCUCGCCCAUCCGUCCAGACGCAACUUCUCUUCCUGCCAACUGGCUCGCUCGCGGGCCUGCAUGUCGAGCUGCUGACCGAGCCGGCCAAGGGUCGACUCCUGUUCGGCCCGCCGCGACCUGGCUUCUUCGAGCUGGUGCGAUCGGAUGGUGCAAAGCCGAGAGGUGGACUCGAGCUGGCUGCGUCGGUGCUGCUGCCGGGCCCGGAAGGCUCGCUGGACUUCGGCCUGCCGAUGUCGCGGAAUGUGGUCCUCGGCGGCUGUAUCGAGCGGCUCGGACGACAUGGGCUCGGUGCGGAUCGGCGUCGAAAAGGGCGCCGACGGAGCGGGGAGCGGGGCUGGUCUUGAGAGCAGCGGUGAUCGGGACGCAACUGGCCGGAGCUUGACUUCCGUGCGGAUCCGUUUGGUCUGGGCGAUGCGAGCGAAAGCGCUGGCCGAGAGGAUGCCAUGGGCUGCUGGCAGGACACACUAUUGCCCUGGCCGAGAGGGCAACAGCACCCACACCCCUCUUCGCCGCCGUCGUCCGCUCUCCCAAGAGCACAACCACUCCAGCCUCGAUCUGUGCGCCGCAGAACCAAGCUCUAGUCGAACACCCACUGCUUCUCAGCCGACAUGCCUGUUCGCAUCAAUCUCGGGCCUCUCAGAAGCCUCGUCGCCAUCGGCCGCGCUGCCCCGGUUGCGGCGACUCGCCGGCUGCUCACCAGCGCCCCGCAAAAGUGGGACCGGGAAUACUUCUAUCACGUCGAUUGCCACGG